AUGGAGUCCUCUAAAAUAACUGCCCUUCUCUUCAUUUCCUUGCUCUUUAUUUCCUCAGCCACUCCCAUUCUUGGCUGUGGAUACUGUUCCAAUCCCCCACCAAAACAGGAGAAACCAAAAAACCCACCAAAUGUCAAACCACCAGGAACCCUGCCGCCGAUAGUCAAACCUCCAGUAACUCUGCCGCCUAUAAACAAACCACCAGUAACCCUGCCACCAAUAGUCAAACCACCAUUUACUCUGCCGCCGAUAGUAACCCCUCCAGUUACAGUGCCACCAGUGCUGAACCCACCAAAGGGUAAGGGAACACCCUGCCCACCAUCACCGCCUGUGACGGCGCCACCAGCAACAUGCCCCAUUGACACAUUAAGACUCGGUGCUUGUGUGGAUUUACUUGGUGGGCUGGUCCACAUUGGGCUUGGAGACCCUGUGGUUAAUCAGUGCUGCCCAGUGCUUCAAGGGCUUGUGGAACUUGAAGCUGCAGUGUGUUUAUGCACAACACUUAAGCUUAAACUUCUAAAUCUUAACAUUUUUGUCCCACUUGCACUUCAGCUUCUUGUCACCUGUGGAAAGACAGCACCUCCUGGCUACACUUGCUCUCUCUAA